AAAAUGCUUGAACCGAAGAGCAAAAGUAAUUAGUUUAUCUGAGAUAUAUCACAAGAUGGCUGCCUUUAAAAACUCCCUCCUGGUUGUGGUGAUACUCCUGGCCCUACAUCUGGAGGCCUCUAAGAUCGCCUACAAGAAACCCCUCUACGGAAAAUCGAACUUUAUCAAGGACAAGCGAGUGAAAACCAAACCAAUCAAGGAAGGAACCACUACCUCCUCCACAACCACAACCACCUCCACCAGCACAUCCACUAGCACCACCGAAGAAAACUGGCCAGCUCCUGUGGAAUUUGUGAUUGUAACCACACACAAAGCUAUCCUCGAGAACACUUCCGAAUGGAAUGGUAGAAAUGGCAGUUCGACGGAACUUUUUAGUACUACUCCUGAGACAGGAUCAACUAGGAUCGAGGAAUCUGGAGAGGUGGCAGCGCCCCCCCAGGAGGAGGCCUCCAAUGAAGUUUCCAGCACAUUCCCCAUGACCACCACCACUUCGAGUAGCCUGAUCAACACGAUUCCUUCGCCACCGACUCCCGAAUCUGUCCAGGAUAAUCAGCCUGUUCCUUGCACCUGUGGCGUCUUCCUCUCCUCCCAAAUCCAAAAUGGCCUGCUCACAGCUCCUUUGAUUCACCAGGAACUGGACAGGAUGUUUCCCUGCAAUGCUAUUGGGAGGAAACAAUGCCAAACCAAGUGCUUAGAGGCAAUCGUCCAGCACUUGCCCAACUCCGCCAAUAUAGUCUGCUCCGCUUUGGGCCAUGAUUGCCACAAGGAACGGGCCUAUUUGUUCAUCAAAAACUGUCACAACCAAUGGGUUAAUACCAAUCUCCAGGCAGGCAGGGAAUACUGUUGCCGGGGAGGACUACCAUACCGUUGCCCACUGAUGGGUUAAAAAAUUGUUAAUAAAAAAUGAUACAAAAAAUUUAA